AUGAGUAAGAAUGGGUUUAGGAGCUAUGGCGGCAUCUCUGCUGCAGGUGGAGCCGUCGGAAGCAAUGACCCACCGUCUCAGGGCAGGGUAGCUCCUGCUUUUAAGUCCAUACGAUACAGGUCCCGAAUCCAGGAUAUUAUACCUUGCUGUGUAAACCAGCUGCUCACCUCCACUGUGAUUGAUAAUGUCUUCACGAUUAGGGGAAUCGAGGUUUCCCAAGUCUCUAUCGUGGGGAUAAUCAGGCAGGCAGAGAUGGCUGCAAAUUACGUUCUUUACAAGAUUGAUGAUAUGACCACCAAGCCUAUCAAGGUCCGCCAGUGGGUCGGCAGAGAUAGAGCAAAGCAGGGGAUAACUCUCCUUCCAGUGGGAGUAUACGCCAAAGUGUUAGGUAUCCUCAAAUGUUCUGCGGAGGUGAAGAGCCUUGAGGUGUUGAAAAUCCGUGUCCUGGAAGACAUGAACGAGUUCACCACACAUAUUCUAGAAACGGUUAACGCGCACAUGAUGCUGGAUAAAGCGGCCUCUGGGCAAAGUGUUCCUGUUGUUCCCUCAGAAAUGGAUGAGGCCCAGAGGCACAGAGAGUACCACCCCGACUUCAUCCGGAAGGAGGUGCUGCGUUUGAUUCACGAGUGUCCUCGACAGGAAGGCAAGAGCGUUCGUGAGCUCCAGACCGAGCUUAGCAACCUGAGCAUCGGGACCAUCAAUCAAGCCGUUGAGUAUCUCACCGUCGAGGGCCACGUCUACCCCACUGUGGAUGGGGAGCAUUUUAAAUCUGCUGAUUGA